GACUGUGUGUUAACCUCACCCCCCCACCCACCAGACUCCGCGCACAGGAUCAGCGAUCCCUCUCUUCAUGGGUUCUCCGUUGGCGCAGUGGCCUUCCUCGUCAUCAACGCCUUCAUCAUCAUCAUGGCUGCCUACUCCAAUCUGGUUCUCCUGACCCUCUCUGUUCUGAUGGAGGGGCUCAUCGUCUGCUUCCUGUUGUUCACGCUGCACACACUGCCGCUUCCUCUCGAAGGUGUGUUCCUGGUCCUGUUCAGUGUGGUCUGUAUGUAUGGAGCGACUGCCUCCUUCGCUAACUACCUGUUUGAGAGGAAUCUCCUUCCAAUGGGACCCCCUCUGAUCCAGGCUGGGAAGAGUAACAAGGGCAAGCUGGCCCCCUCACCCUGUCCCACCCCAGGCUCGCGGCAGACCAGCGGCCUGCAGCGCAUCGCGAGUAUUCUGGAGUCCGGGGGUGUGUGUGGGAUCCCCUCGGACACGGUCUACACACUGGCAGCCUCCUGCAAGCACCCCGCCGCCAUCGAGCGCAUCUACAACAUCAAGGACCGCCCCCUGGAGAAGCCCAUCUGCCUGACGAUUGGUAAUCUGGAGCAGCUGGAGGCGGUGGCCCCGCCCUUCAGCCCGCUGCUCUGGGAGUUCAUGAGGAACGUAUACCCUGGUGGGAUUGGCUGCAUCGUCAGGAAGGGGGAGUGGCUGAAGAAGCUGGGUGUUGGCCUGGCCUAUGACUAUGUGGGAACCAAGGACAGCAUCAUGAUCCGCAUCUCUGACCUCACGGUGACCACCCACCUGCUGGACAUGACCGGCCCCCUGGCCAUCACCUCGGCCAAUCCCAGCGGGCAGCCUGACAGCACCCACCACGACAUGGUCGUCACGAGGCUGGGAGACAAGCUGGACGGGGUGCUCUGUGACGGAGACUCCACGGAACUCGUGUCCUCCACUGUUGUCAUCUGCACCAAGAUUGAUGAAGGAAAGCUCUCCUUCCUGAGAGAGGGCGCUGUUCCUGCUGCCAAGGUGCUGCAGAUAUUCGAGAGGGUCAAGAACAAGAUGAACUUCACUGAAGCAGCAUAGCGUCCCUGGGGCUUAAACAGGACAGCGCUGCAACAUGGGAGCCGCUGGGGCAGCUGCAAUCCCUUCCCUUUCAAGCACUUGCAAUGAGGCAACAGAUCUUAAUGCAAGGGGGCUCAGAGUCUAGAGACACCAAGACCUACUGAGCACAAUUCGUUCAGACUUGCAGUUACUAGUUACUGCUGCUUGUAAUUACCCCUACUACCUGUCAAGCUCUGGUUUUAGUAUCAUUUUGUAACACACAUGUAGUUAAAUAGGGACUACACUGGAUCAAAACUGCACAGCUACAGUAAAUGACAAAUAAUAUUUGCCGCUACACUGUAACUAGUGGCACUAAAACUAGCCACAUUAAUGUUCUGUACAGCCAGUCCACAGCUGCAUUUAAGGACAAUAUGUAUAUAUAUGUUAUAAUAGUACAAUUAAGCAAUAAUACCCAACACAUCAGAGGUUCUGAACAGUUUUCUUGGCAGUAAUUGCGUGGGUUUAUUGGCUGAUCUGUAAUUUCUGGUAUUUCUUGAUGGGAAGGGUUAUAUUGCUAUUCUAAGUCAAUAAAAUCAUUUCUUAUAUAGA